AUGAACAGGGCGUUCGGACAGAGGCUGAGUGAAAUGAUGAUGACAGAAUCUCCUUUGCGGGAUCAGCAAGACAACUCAAAACAACGCGUUUCAGUUGAAGAGAUCGUAUACAACGAAAAAUUUGUAUACAUGAACCGGCUUUCAGAGGCUAGGAUAGAGACUGAAAAAUUAUUACAUUCCUCCGAUUUGUCCAAAGUCCAAAAAAAGUCGCAUAUGGAGAGGGAAAUCUCAAAUAUGUUAAUGGAAAGUAGAGACAAUACCCAGAGGGUCAGGGACUCCUUCCGGUUCCAGUGUCUGUUAGGAGCAUCAGAGGAAAAUUUUAAAAAGAGCCGUUUAGACAUUGCCACCUCUUGUAUUCAACAUAUAGCGGAGAAAGCUUCAUUAUCAGAAUUGUAUCGAAAAAAAAUUGCUGAACUUAGACUACAGUUAUCGGUAAAAGAAGAUGUCAUUUGCGCAUUACAGCAUGAUCUGAAAAGCAAAUGUCUAAAACAGCAGCUGCCAGAAAUCGCGCUUCAGCUGGCUGCAGUAGUAGAAAGGAAAGACCAAAAAAAUACUGAAUUCAUUUCGAUUGUGUCCGAUCUUCUUGCGCACAACAUAAAUGAGAAAAAAUGCUGGAAUGACGACACAAAGUCCUUGUUCGCAAUUAUUCUAGAUUAUGGAGGACCGGCCUUGCUAAAGAUAAUCAGGGAAAAAAUUGGCGGGCCGAGUCUGCAGACUGCUUAUGCAACAGCCCGACGCAAGGUUCCUAUUGCAACUAAACUAACAGAAGAUCAGUUUGGAAUAGCGGCCUCAUUCUAUCAACGUGUUGGUUAUACGGGACCAUUUGUCCUGGCCAUAGAUGCUACUGCAAUUUCACCAUGCCUUAGAGUAAGAGGCAAUCGAAUCGUAGGAAUUGCAUCUGAAGAGGACAUUUUUGUACGUACUGCACAAGAUAUUAUCGAGGUGACAAAUGACCAAAGUAAGGAAAAGGCGCGGCAAGCUAAUGCGUUUGUGUUGACUCCUCUGCAAGAGCACGUUCCUAGUUUUACCCUUGCAAUUUCACCAGUAGUUAAGGGGCAAGACUGGGCUUCAGUGAGGAAUUGGUUCGUGGACGCAUUAAACUGGGGUGCUCAACAUAAUAUGCAGAUUCUCGGAAUAGGUGCGGAUGGAGACUCUAAAUUUAGAAGAUACUUUCUUGAUGAGUUUAGUAAAAGGCAUGGCAUGGUAGAUGAAGUGAUUUCGGUAUCUCACAAGGGGUUCAGUUUUGUUUCUGUGGUCAAGAAUGUUCAUGGCCUGAGAAUUCCUACUGUUAUGUUUCCUGACUGGAAGCACCUAAUUAAAAAAUGGAGAAACCAGAUUCUAAACGUGCGUCGCGUCCUGGUUCUAGGAGAUUCGUUUGUCAUGAUUGAAGAUCUAAUGAGGUUGUAUGAGGCGAACAAAUUAAAAAGUGGAUUAUGGAAAAGUGACAUUUUCGUCAGGGACAAACAGAACGUGGCUGCAGCGCUACGAAUUUUGCAACCUGAAGUCCGAGAAUGCUUGAGCGAGUGGAAUAAGGACCGCAGUCAAGCAAUUCGAGUUUACCUUAAAGUAGGACAUAACAUGCUACGUGCAUAUACAGAUGAAAAUCUCACUGUGAAAGAACGGUCAAAGCUUGCUUGGUCUUCAGUUUGCUUUGUCAGAUUAUGGAAAGCUUGGGUAGAGAUGUCAAAUUAUCCAAUAGAGUCCUCUUUUAUAUCCUUACAAACGUACAACGAUAUAGUGCUUGCGGGACACUCGCUUAUAUUGUCGAGAAAAUUAUUUUCGGAGUACUUCCCCGAUCAAUCUUUUAAUCCCUCUACGUUUGGUUCUGACAGUUGUGAAAGACUUUUGCACGCUGUCGUGGGUUUUGUAAAGGAAAACAAAUUUUUGUAUGCUGGACAUGCUCGACAUUUGCGGCAGAAUAGCAAAACUCGAUGAGCUGAAACUUAAGGAGCCUCCAGUUGUUUCUCGCACAUCUUGGCCAGAGUUUGUGGAAGAUGAAAUCUUGAGCGGCAUCAAGGAGGCAGAAAAAGAAGUUCUGAAAACCAUCGAGGGACUAGGCAUGCUGCCACUUUUAGCUACUGGUAACAUAUUAAGAUUAGAUGAUUCAGGGGACAUACUGUAUAUCAACCCAGGAAUAGAAGCCUUAGCUGAUAUACGUGACGGUCCUGAUGAAAGUGACACUAUAACCGUAGAAGAAUUGCUAGACGUGGAAAACGAUGUUCUAUGUUCUGCUGCUGAGACUAACGAACAUUGCUAUUCCUUUGCGCUAUCUGAUCUGGCAGCGUCCUCCAUCCCAAGGUCAAAUGCAUUUGACCGAGAAGAAGGAGGAGAGGAAAAUGGUGAUGUCGAUGACGAUGAUGACCCAAGGCAUUGCCAUCUUUUCCAGAAGGGUACCUGUAAAUACGCAAAUCCUGCCUUUAAAGCUCCAAAGACGACUCACUGGAUUGGUUGUGAUUAUCCAGGGUGCGACAACUGGUUCCACGAAUCAUGCUUAAAUCUCAAAUUCUCUACAGACUCAGAGAGAGAAACGUAUGCCUUUGUUUGUACAUCGCAUGGGAACGUAAAAGGGAUGGAACAAUAUAAGGACCUAGUUGCUGCGACGGCGUCAGAUAUUUCCAUGAUGGAGGAAGACGAGCAGAAUGAAGGCACGUUCCACUUGAAGAGACGAAGGAGAUUUAAUUACGGGGAGAAAACAUCAGCAGCUUCACAAUGUUCAGUUCCACCCAACUAUGUUGAGUAUGAUGGAGAAUUUUAUCACAUUGCGGAAUUUUUGUCUCUUCAGCAGGGAAAAGUGUAUAAGCCAUCUACUUCUAGAAUGGCUAGAUGGAUGGCUGUCUCAAGGAAUGAUUUCUACGAACGGGUAGAAAGGCUCGUAGCACCAACUAGAUCAGAAAACGGACUAUAUUUUGAGGAUAUAGCGGCAUUCUGGGUCCCACGUCUCGGUAUGAGAUGCGGUUUGGUAUUGCGGCUGGUGCGUAACACGUUUUCUAAAUCCCCUGUUCCUGUCUUUGAGUGGAAGAAAGGAAACGACUCGAAAGAAAAAAAAUAUCAGUUUGCUUUCAAGUUCUUUCGAUCUUAA